CUUUUCCAUAACAAUAUACAAACACCAAAAAUUUUUGAUUACCCUAAAUUCACCUAAAUUGGUCAAAAUACAUAUAUCCCCAACUUGUGUACUCACACACCACCUUUCAUUUCUGCUCACCAAAUCCAUUUCUCAUGCACGCCAAGCAACACACCCUCAUAUAAAACAUGACUCCCCUCCCUCCUAACCACAUCUUCAACAUGCUCAACACCACCACCAUGACCACCUCUUCUCCGGCCACCAGCCGCCACUUCUUCCCGGAGAUUCAAAUCAUCGAGCUUCUUGCCGCCCUUCUGGUCUUCAUAGUCAUACAUUCUCUCCGCCAACGAAAGAAACACGGCCUACCCGUAUGGCCAUUUCUCGGGAUGUUACCUUCUUUAGUACUCGGUCUUCGUGUUGAUAUGUAUGAAUGGAUUUCACAAGUCCUUUGUAGACAAAACGGGACUUUCACAUUCCGGGGUCCGUGGUUUACAAAUCUCAACUGUAUAGUCACUUCCGACCCCCGUAACCUCGAGCACCUUCUCAAAACAAGGUUUCAAGCGUAUCCGAAAGGCCCGUAUUUCCGGAACGCGCUCCGGGAUCUUCUCGGGAAUGGAAUCUUCAAUGCCGAUGACGAGAUUUGGCAGAGGCAAAGGAAGACCGCGAGCAUCGAGUUUCACUCGUCCAAGUUUCGAAACAUGACAACCGAGUCGUUGUUGGAGCUCGUUCAUAGACGGCUUUUGCCUGUCUUGAACGAGUCUGUAGAUCGAUCUGAUCAGAUCGAUCUACAGGAUAUUCUUUUAAGAUUAACGUUCGAUAACGUUUGCAUGAUCGCUUUUGGGGUUGAUCCGGGUUGUUUAAGUCCCGGACUUCCGGAAAUACCCUUCGCCCAAGCGUUUGAGGCAGCUACCGAAGCAACUAUUCUAAGGUUUGUUACUCCUACCCUUGUGUGGAAGAUUAUGAGGCAUUUUAACUUGGGAUCUGAAAAGAGACUGAAGGAUUCGAUAAAGGGGGUGGAUAGUUUUGCAGAUGAAGUGAUUAGAACUCGGAAGAAAGAAAUCUCUUUGCUGCAGGCUGAUGACAAGAAACAAAGGUCGGAUCUUUUGACGAUUUUUAUGGGGCUUAAAGACGAUGAAGGGCAGCCUUUUUCUGAUAAGUUUUUACGUGAUAUUUGUGUGAAUUUUAUACUUGCGGGAAGGGACACUUCUUCGGUGGCUUUGAGUUGGUUUUUCUGGCUUCUUGACCAGAAUCCAACAGUUGAGGAGAAGAUUUUGGGUGAGAUAUGUCGGAUUGUGGAUGAAAGGAACGAUGAGAGUGAAAUGGGGGAUUUGAUAUUUAGACCCGAAGAGGUGAAGAAGAUGGAUUAUCUGCAUGCUGCUUUAUCGGAGGCCUUGAGAUUAUACCCUUCGGUACCCGUGGAUCAUAAGGAGGUUGUUGAAGACGAUGUGUUCCCAGAUGGGACAGUGUUGAAAAAAGGAACAAAAGUGGUGUAUGCAAUCUAUGCAAUGGGAAGAAUGGAAGCUAUAUGGGGAAAAGACUGCAGAGAUUUCAGGCCAGACAGGUGGCUGAGGGAUGGGCGGUUCAUGAGUGAAUCAGCCUACAAGUUCACCGCCUUCAAUGGCGGCCCAAGGCUGUGCUUGGGCAAAGACUUUGCUUACUACCAGAUGAAAUUUGUUGCCGCCUCUAUUUUAUACCGGUAUAAGGUGGUGGUGGUGGAGAAUCAUCCGGUGGCUCCAAAGCUUGCAUUGACUAUGUACAUGCAGCAUGGGUUGAAGGUUAAGCUUUGCAAGCGUAGUGAAUCUGAACUCCAAAUGUAUCAUAAAUACUAAAUGUUUAAGGUUUUGUAGUGAAACAUGUGUGGUGUCUUUUUUAACUUUAUUCUUUCUAUAUGUUCUUUUUUGUGUCAAAUAUUUAUGGAUUUUAUAAGUUGAUGGGCAGGGAUAGAUGGGGAUGCAUGUUAUUGUAACUUACAUAUAAAUAAAAGAUUUUGGUUUUUAUA